GGUCCUCCCUCGGUCUCUCCGCGCCGCGGUCAUGGCCGCCUCCGUGGCUACGCGGAGCAGGGCUCUGCUGUGGGCUGGUGCUGCACGGCUGCGGCAAGGAGGCGUCGGGGAGCUACUGCGGGCGCGAAUUGAAGGGGGCACCCCGGGGCGUGACUUCAGUCUCUCUCAUUACCGGAGCACGGUCAUCGUGGAACGCUGGUGGAAGGUGCCGCUAGCCGGAGAGGGCCGGAAGCCGCGCCUGCACCGGCGACACCGCGUGUAUAAGCUGGUGGAGGACACGAAACACCGACCCCAAGACCUCCUGGAGCUCAUCCUCACGCAGUCCGUGGACGAAAUUGGAGUCCGGGGUGAUCUGGUCUCCGUGAAAAAGUCUGUGGGUCGCAAUAAACUCCUUCCUCAGGGGCUGGCUGUGUAUGCAUCUCCUGAAAAUAAGAAGCUGUUUGAAGAGGAGAAAUUGCUGAGACAACAAGGAAAACUAGAGAAGAUCCAGACGAAGGCAGGAGAGGCGACAGUGAAAUUUCUGAGAAGCUGUCAUCUAGAGGUGGGAAUGAAGAACAACGUCAAAUGGGAACUAAACCCUGAAAUUGUUGCCCGCCAUUUCUUCAAGAAUCUUGGUGUUGUGGUUGCCCCACAUGCUCUGAAGUUACCAGAGGACCCUAUCACGAGAUGGGGCGAGUACUGGUGUGAUGUGACUGUAAAUGGACUCGACACUGUAAGGGUUCCUAUGUCCGUGGUGCUCUUUCAGAAGCCCAAGACCAAAAGAUACAAGCACUGGUUAGCCCAGCAGGCUGCCAGGACCACGGCCCCCACCAGCUCCCAGGCAGUCUGAAUGUCCUCUGCUUCCAAGACAAAGCAGUCAGAAGAGCCUUGCAAUAAAGCUGGCCAGCACUUGAAGCAAGUAUGGAUCCUAAAGAACAUGUGAACUCAGCAGACUGACUAGCACAUACAUGUAAGGCUCACUGUGUUUGUCAUACAGUGUCAUCACAGCCAACUGUAUUACAUCGUUCUGCAGGCAGUAGAUUUUAUAAGCAGAAUAUCAGUGAACUGGAACAGUCUUCUUAGCCCUUCCAUUGGAGAGUGCAUGAGAACAAGUGAAGGGCCAAGCCGUUGUUCUGAUAAUCGCUGUAUUCUCAUCCAGACUGUGUCUCAUGCAGAAAUAAAGAGCUAUUUAACUGGACUUCCAUUGACUGUGAACAGGAUAUCCAAGUAAGGUGUCUUGAGCCAUGGAGGAAAGUGUAGCAGUUCGCUGUAUCCUACGGUUGCCAUGAGCAGACUACUCUACUAUAGCCAAUUAUGUCUGCUCUUAGAACUUUCUCUGUCUCCAUGUGACUUAUGCAGUGGAUUCCACUAAGAUCUGAAUAAGGCCUAAGGAUGAUUGACAGAGAAAGUAAAGCUGGAUUAGUGAAGCUUAAAAGGAGAAAGAACUUCUGAAUUAUUUCUUAACCAGUCCUGACGUUCCAUAAAGAAACCUGACUUCCAGACCAAGGAUAAGCCUGAGGUCAUUCAAGAGUUGGUGUCUUAGGCUGGGCAUGGCUGUGCACAUCUUUAGUCUCAGCAUUCAGGGAGACAGCCUUUGUUGGGCUAGCUGGACCACAGCCUGUAAGCCUCUCUAAUAAAUACCCUUUGUGUAUAU